AUGCCCCCGCCGGUCCUGCCGCCUCCCCCGAUGCCCCCACCGGUCCUGCUGCCUCCUGUGAUGCCCCCGCCGGUCCUGCUGCCUCCCGUGAUGCCCCUGCCGGUCCUGCUGCCACCUCCUCUGCUGCACCGGCACCCGGAAGAGGCAAUCCGGCGCCUCCGCCAUAACAACAUUCUGCUUCAGGCCAAAAUCAAGCUCCUUAUGGGGAAAAAAGAAAAAAAGAGGGUGAAGUUUCAGAAGAGGAGGGAAGCUGCCACUGAAGAUGACAGUGGAGAGCCUGGAUAUGAAAUACUCCUCUCAAAAUAUAAGGGACGCAUCACCACCGAGAAUGCCACAUGCAAAGAGCAGAGCAACACGCAGCAGCGCGUGCAGUCGGUGCGCCAGUUCCUUAUUAACAGUGCGGUGGGCGACGUGCCACAUGCUGACCUGUUAUAUCUGCGCGACCACAGCAGGAUCCGGGAAGCUGUGAGAACAUGGGUUGCAUCCGGCCUGAAGCCCACCACGGUCAAAAAGAAAAUUAUUGAUACCAAGGAUUUUCUUAAGUGGGUGGGAAGGGCGUGGCCGGGGGGUGUCCGGCUCUCACAGAGAUCCAUAGAGGGUCUCAAAGAUGAGCUCUCUAGAGAGCUACGAAAUCUGAGGGGCAGCGUGACGUCGCACGUGGUGUCUGUCAGGCGCAACAAAUCCGAAAAUGUCCUCCCCUUGGCUGUACACUGCAGCUUCAUUAAAAAGGCCAACAAGCUCCUGCCCCAAUUUUUCAAGAAAGCUGUGACAACCAAAAAAAGGCCCCAAAUUCAGAGAUUUCUUGCCCUGCUGGCGGGGCUGAUAAUUAGUGAGACUGGCCACAGGAUCACAGUGUUGAAAAACAUGAGGGGGACUGAUGUCCUAGAGGCUCGGGAAGCGGGGCAGUGCCACGUGAUAUACGUGAAGGAGCACAAGACACGCCGCACAUUUGGCGAUGCCAGGGUGCCUGUGCACGCCAAUGUCUACCGCAUGAUGAAGACCUGGAUGAAAAGGAGGGAGGACCUGCAGGGCUGGGGAGGCCCCUUCUUUUUUUCCAGUAGUGCUGGGGGGAGGGCGCCACUCCUCUUGGAGGAUUUUAAGAGAACCUGGCUGGACCUGGGCUUCCCCGCACCCCCACCAACGUUUAACGCUCUAAGGAGCUCAUUGGCCACUCAUGCGAAAACAUGGCUAAAUAACAUCAUCCCGGAUUCCGCCAUACAGCUAGACUGGCUAAUGUGCCACAUAGCUGACGGAGCCUGGGGAGUGGGAGCUAUUUUGUUAGUAACUGUAUACAUUCCACCCAGCACUAAUAACAGCAACAGAGAGGCAGCACUAAAUGAACUGUACCAAGCUAUCAGUGAGCAAGGGCCAGCCCACCCAGAUAGAUUUCUUAUUCUUGCUGGGGAUUUUAACUCUGCCAAUCCAAAGUCUGUUUUACCCAAGCUACACAAACAUGUUGAUUUCCCGACAAGAGGAAAUAAUACACUGGACCUUGAUUUCACUAACAACAAAGGAGCAUACAAGGCUGCCCCCUCCCCCACCUCGGACUCUCUGACCACAUCACAGUUAUGCUAA